AUGGUAUAAUUUAGUAGAAAUUAAAUAGAAUCCCAUUUAUAUAGAUCUCAGAACAUUAUCAGUGAUGAAAUAAUAGAUAUCACCCUAAACUCAAAUCUUGUAGGAUUUAGAUAUGAGUAUGAUACUAAUAAGAGCAUAGACUUAUUGUAAGCUUAGAAUAAUAAAACUUAUAUUGUUUAAAUUGCUUAGUUUUAUUAUGCUGAUGAAUAAAAUAGCUUUUAGGUAGUUCUAGAUAUUGUAAAAUGCACAGAUUAUAAUUUAAUUGGCUAUUAUUGCAUAGACUUUUCUAGCAUUUAAAAUUAGACUUUGACUUUAAGCACUGCUUAAAAUAUUUUAUCUUAUGUUGAAAUAAAUAUUUACGGAUGCUUAGAUCUUGAUAUAUACAAAACUACUAUUCCAAAUAACUGUGCAAGUCAAAGCGAAAUUGAUUAAGUCAUUAAUAACUUCAAUUCUGGAGUCAGACUAAAACUAUUUACAUCUUAGUUUAAUACUACGACAAAACAAGCAUAGGUGAAAUACAGAAAUUAAUUAAUUUACACUUCAGCAGAUCAACUUGUUUAGACAAUUCUUAAGGCAUAAAAGUAAGUAACAUCAGUUAAGUAAGGAUUUUUGAUAUAAAAUUCAAUAGAAUUUUCUUCACCGAUCCAAUAUAAUCCAUUUUAAUAGACAUACGAUAGAUAGUAUAGCAUUACAAAUUUAAACUAUUCAGGUUACAGUUACGUUUAAAUCUAAAUGGAUGAAAUUAUGGAAGUAAUCAAAAUAUAAUACCCUACAAUUCCUUAAAUAUUAGCUCUUGGAAAUAGUAUUUUGACACUUUUAAUGUUCGUUGGAGUUUUAGGAAAGGUUUGUUCUGCUAAUUCAAUAAAAAAUAAUUUUUUUGUACUACUACUGCAGAAUCUAUUUUAAGAGAGUUACUUGUAAAUCUUGAAAAUUAACAAAUUAAUACAAAACAAAUAAAAUACAUUUAAUGAAGAAUAAAUAAAAAGUCAAAGAAUUAAUUUUACUUAAAAAGUUGAAUUUCAUCUAAGUGAAUAUAAAGAAGAAAAUGAAACCAUUUAGACUAAUAACUAUAGACCUUAAAUGAUAAAAACAAAAUAGUUUGUUGAUUCAUAAAAUCUAAAAUAAGAUUUAAAAAAUCAAUUUGCCUAUCAAAAUUUAAGAAUUUCAACCGUUAAUUCUCCAAUAAAAAGUUUGCAAGAAAGAUUGAAUUUGAGUAAAAAUUUAUAGAACUUUAAAGAUAUAUUCAAUCAAAAAUUUUCAAAAAUAAUUCAUAUGAACAUUUUCAAAACCAAGUGUUAUAAAAAAAAAGAUUAUUUGUUAAGUAAAGGACUAGAUUAAUACACUAAAAAAUUUAUUGAAGACUAAAUAAACAAAGAUUUGAACAUAUUCGAAAUUUAUAAAGAUAUCAUAUUUUUGAAAAAGGCAAUAAUGAUCUUAUUGGAUAAACAAUAACUUGCUGCCAUUAAGCUCGUAGGAUUUUCUUAAGGUUUUUUAGGUAUCUAAAACCAUACUGUGAACACAUUAUAAUAAUUUCAAAUAAAUGAAAAAAAAAUGAGCCAUUUUGAAGAGUAAUUUGCAAAUUCUAUUUCUGAAGUGCUUUAAUACUAGAACAUAUAGUUAUUUCUUUAAAAGUGUUAAAAUUAAAGUAAUAUCAAUGAAAUAGAUAAAAGAAUAUUAACUUCUUUUUAUUGA